GAAAGUGAAAGCCAACACAAAGCUACCAUGGAAGCAGUCUGAAAACAUUCUUUCUUGCUCUAAAAGAGAUCAUCGCUUGCAGUUGCAGACAAACAAAGGAGGGUAUGAAUGGCAUGGUAAAGCCAAUGGAAGAGAUGGUGGCCAACACAAAGGGAGGGCCGGUUCUAGAGAGGAAAACAAAGCCACCGGAGCAGUUGAAUUGCCCUAGAUGCAACUCGACGAACACCAAGUUUUGUUACUACAACAAUUACAGCCUCACUCAGCCAAGAUACUUCUGCAAGACUUGCCGGAGGUACUGGACCGAGGGUGGAUCUUUAAGGAAUGUGCCAGUCGGUGGUGGUUCCAGGAAGAACAAAAGAUCGACGUCGAUAUCGACCUCAAUAUCGACAUCGUCUUCAGCUUCUGCCAAAGUCCCGGAUCUAAGCUCGACGAGCUUCCCGUCUCAAAACCCUAAGGCACCACCCCACAAAGGCCAGGACCUUAACCUGGUUUUCUCGGCUAACCAAGAGAUUCAUCAUGGUUUGAGCUUAUCCCAUUAUAACGACCAGCAAAACUACUACUCGACUUCGGCUAUGGAGCUCCUUAGGGCUGGGAUGGUAUCAUCAAAGGGGUUGAAUUCUUUCGCUCAAACACCGACCCAAGAUUCGACUGCGCUUUACUCGACUGGGUUCCCCAUGCAAGACUAUAAACCGACACUCAGUUUUCCGAUCGAUGGAGCUGGAAAUAGGGCUGGUGUGGUCCAUGGAGGUCAAGAAAAUAAUGGUGGAAGGGUUUUCCUCCCUUUUGGAGAAUUAAAACCGAUUUCGAGUACUAACGGAGUUGAAGAUCAAAACAAGGAACGAAGCAAUUCAGCUGGAUAUUGGAAUCAUAAUGGAGUGUUAGGUGGAGGAUCAUGGUAAAAGAGAUGAUGACGAUGAUGAUGAAGAAGGAUCAAGGAACUGCUUCUUCCUUUAUUCUUUUUUUUCCCUUUCACAUGGUUGAUUUGAUUGUUAGUUGUUAAAAGUUGUUUAGAACUAACAGAUCAUCAUCAUAGGAUGAUGCAUAUAUAUUGAUGGGGUUUCUUCAUUUGCUUUUGAAUCUCCCC